UUUUUGAUGGGCAGCCAUCGAUCCCACUGCCGACCGCUUUGCAAAUAACUGAAGGCACGUUGCAAGACAACUAGAGAAUGUGGAAGGCGAAGUGGAUGGAUUUCGUCACGGUGACCCAGAUGGAUACCAAACCGAUGGCUUACCAGUUGGCGAUGUUCAGGCACACUAUAGAUGAUAAAGCCAGGAGAGUGCUUGAAACACUGGAGCAGAGCGAGACAAGUCAGGAAGUCGAACUUUCGGUGGUGCUGAGAAGAUUCCGUGCGUAUUGCGAAGGACACGCAAACGGGGCGUAUCAUUUGUAUUUAUUUUUUGGCCGCAAUCGAUCACCAAGUGAAGCGUUCGAGACUUUCAUCACAGAACUGAAGCUGUUGGCGCAGUUAACUGCACCUACUGCAAUUGCAUGAGAGUGUCCUUGAUACGUGAUCGCAUUGUCAUUAGCAUACAGAAUGACGAGCUCACUCAGCGCCUUCUGGGACAAAGGAAUCUAUUGCUGGAACACUAUAUGGACAUCUGCCUGAGUGAAGCAAGGACGGCCGAGCAGUUGGGAGAGAAUGUAAAUGCUGGUCUGUGCGCGGUAUCCUAA